AAACGAAGAAAAAAAGGCACAUCUGAGGGGUUUGAGGGGCGGAUUUGGACAAAGUUUCCCAACUGUCCCGACCCGAAGAAGCUCCGGGGGGGGUUGAAGGGGAAUCGAUUCCACCGAGAACAUGUUGCCUUUGUGUCAGUGGGAGAUGACCAGGAGACAGGAUCAGAGGUUUCAUGAUGAAAAGAUAGAAAGUAGUCUUUUAAACAAAAUAAUGGACGAUUCCCAUUUCAACUCAUCAUACUUUUGGUCUCCCGUCCCCACUGUACAAGGACAGAUCGAGAACGCCAUGUUCCUGAACAAGGCGAAGGAGCAGCUAGGUCCAGAGAAGACCAACGCACCCUCCUUCCCUCACUCGUCUGCGUCUUCCACCUCCUCCCCCCACUACCCUACAGCUGUGCUCGCCAUUCCCGGCUCAGUGGAUGGAGGGCCCGGGGUGCGGGUUGUUCCCAAACAGGAAGGAGGUGGGGGUGCAGGAGGAGGUGGCGGCGGCGCACCAUUAAGUGCAGUGGGGGGACACCUGCAUCAAUCGCACACUUCCCAGAACGUCACCGUUGUGCCUGUUCCCUCCACGGGGAUCAUGACUGCAGCGGGGUUAGUGAUCACCACCCCUCAAGGCACACUGGUCCCCACUGCCUCCACGCAGUCCUUUGUAGCUGGACACCCCACUGCUACCACCAUGAUAGUGUCUGCAGUGCACCCCUCUAACACAGACAAGAAGGAGGAUAUUUCUGUCCCUCCUGCAGUUGUGAUGCCAGCACCGUCAAAGCGAGGCAGGAAGAGCAAACAGAUGAUGGGCAGAGUGGCUGGAGUAGGUGGGGUCCUCCCUCCAGGCAGCGAUGCUUUAAUAUUGGCACACCUAGCUGCAGGUGGACAGCACCACACGGGUGACCCGUACGACCUGUCAAAUGAUGAAGAUGAUCAUACUAACAAGGACGGCCCCAAAUCCUACAGGUGUCGAAUGUGUGCGGUGACGUUCUUCAGCAAGUCUGACAUGCAGAUCCACGCCAAGUCCCACACUGAAGCCAAGCCCCACAAGUGCCCCCACUGCUCAAAGUCGUUUGCCAACUCCAGCUACCUGUCCCAGCACAUCCGCAUCCACAGCGGGGCCAAACCCUACACCUGCACCUACUGCCAGAAAACAUUCAGGCAGCUCAGUCACCUCCAGCAGCACACACGAAACCACACUGAGGCCAAGCCCCACAAGUGUCCCCACUGCUCCAAGUCGUUUGCCAACUCCAGCUACCUGUCCCAGCACAUCCGCAUCCACACUGGGGCCAAGCCCUACUCCUGCUCCUACUGCCAGAAAACAUUCAGGCAGCUCAGUCACCUCCAGCAGCACACACGGAUUCACACCGGUGACCGACCGUACAAGUGUAACCAUCCUGGCUGUGAAAAAGCCUUCACUCAGUUGUCCAACCUACAGUCUCACCGUCGGCAGCACAACAAAGACAAGCCGUUCAAGUGCCACAACUGUAACCGUGGUUACACAGAUGCAGCCAGCCUGGAGGUGCACCUGUCCACACACACUGUUAAACACGCGAAGCUGUUCUCCUGUGGCCUCUGUAACCGAUCCUAUACCUCGGAGACGUAUCUAAUGAAACACAUGAGGAAGCACAACCCCGACCCGCUAGCGGUGGCAGCAACAGUAGCUGCUCAUCAGGCCCAGGGCCUUACACCAGGAGGGGGCAGGGGAAGAGGCCGUGGCCGAGGGAGAGGAGGUGGAGGUGCAGGCAGAGCGAGUCAGCUCCAAAACCAGACCAAUCCAAAUAACACCAACCAGAACCCUAAUGCGGGACCCCCAGGCAGCUACCAGCCCCCCCAGCAACCCACGGAAGCCGUGGUCCCAUGCCCAUUUGACCUGCACCAGUACAAGACAGUGGCGGCCAGUGAGAUCCAGUACAAACCAGUCUCUGUGGCGGACCUACCAGUGGUCCACAAAGACCUUUGCCUAACUGUCUCCACAUCAGCCAUUCAGGUGGAGCACAUGAACUCAUAGGCUGCGUCUUCCCCCUCUGUUCCAGGAAUCACUGCAGUGUAAAAAGGUCCAUAAGAACAAGUCAUUUAAUUGUGUUCAGUAUUACAGUCUUAAAACAAGAAAAAACAAAAUGGCUGGUGGAGAUUUUUUACUGAAUUUGAAAAUACAACAAGACAUCAGUUGAAUCAGUUUAGAUUCACUUCUCUGUGACUUUAUUUUGAAAGGGGUUGUUGUUUGAUCAUGUUCAAAGAUACAAGUCAAAGUUAAUUCACUUGGUGCCAUUUUUUUCUUCCUUUUAAGACGCUUAAAUGCUGAGUACAACAUUAAAUUACUUGUUAGAACACAGAUAUUUUACAAUGUGCUUCUCAGUUCUGGAGCCCACUUGUGCCAAGUACACGACCGGUCAAAAGUUUCACAACACUUCCAUGUUUCCAGUUUUUAUUGAGAUUUAAGAAGCUCAAGUCCAGUGAAUAACCUUGAAUGGUACAAAACAAAGCAGUAAAAGCCAAAGAUAAAUAAAGAAUGACAGAAAAUAUGUAUAUGUAAUAGAAAAGAAGAAUUUUUAGAGGCUAAGAAAUUGGUUAAGUUGCAAAUUUCCUGCAGUAGAGGAAGCAUUGAAAGUUAAUGCAAACAAGGUGCUUCCUACAGGUGCCUCAAAACAUUAGAGGAAAAGAACAGAACCAUGGAGAUGGUUUGGGAUGAACUGCACAGAAGGUGAAAAAAAAUCAAUCUACAAGUGCAACACAUUAGUGGGAACUUCUAGACUUUCUGAGCAAAAUAGUUUCAGAUUUCCAUUGUAGACA